AUGGAGCAUUGUGAUGCCGCCAUUGCUCAAGUUGAACCAAAGUUACAGUUGUCAAAUAAUAAGGAUGAGCAAGAUGUUGAUCCAACUCAAUAUAGGAGGUUUAUUGGAUCCUUACGCUAUUUGUGCAAUACUCUACCAGACAUGGCGUUUAAUGUCGGUAUUGUGAGUAGAUUCAUGGGGAGACCGAAGAUGUCUCACUUAGAAGCAGUCAAGAGGAUCCUAAGAUAUGUCAAAGGUUAUGUUGGCAGUGAAAUUCUCUUUACCGCAUCGAAUAUGGGCAGAAAAUACAAUUUGCUUGGUUUUAUCGAUUCUAAUUGGUGCGGAGAUAAAGAUGAUAGAAAGUUUACAACUUGGUACAUCUUUAUAUUCAGUGGAACACCAACAACAUGGUGUUCGAAGAAGGAACUGGUAGUUGCACUCUCAUCUUGUGAGACCAAGUACAUUGCCGCUUCGUUAUGUGUGCCAAGUUGUGUGGCUUAUAAAUUUAUUACAAGAGCUGGGCAGCAGUUAGGGUGA